UCGGUAGUGAGCAGCGAAUAAUUAAUUUAUACAGAAAUAAAUCUAGAUAUUCCGUGUUAGUAAUACUUAAUUGACAGUUACAUUAUUUGUAUUCACUGACUGUUGUGAAUUUUGUGAAUUUUAAGCUAUUUAAUACGAACAGUUUUAAGCAUAUUUUUUUGAGUAAGAGAAUGCUGCUGCGGAACAUAGUUUGGCUUUGCAUAGGGAUAUUUUUAAAUAGUGCUGUUUUAUUAGAAAGCGUAAGACAAUGGAGUAACAAACAGCUAAUACCACCGAAUAAAAUACCCGAUGAAGCUUUAAAUCCUCGAAGAAGUGUAGUCAGACGAAAAAUAGUACUUUAUCAUAAUUUCUUUAGAACCAAGGUACAACCUACUGCUUCAAAUAUGUUACUUAUGUCAUGGAACCCAAUCGCUGCAAAACAAGCUCAAAGUUACGCGGACAAAUGUAUAUUUUUGCAGCACAAUGACCCUCUUGAAAAUACAAUACCGCAUUUGGGAUCUUGCGGUCAGAAUCUGUUUGUUGCGGCCCAGAAAACUCCGUGGUUCUUUGCACUUAAAACAUGGUUUUUGGAAUACAAGAACUUCACAUAUGGAGAACCAAUCAAGGAUUUGAAAGCUGUAGGACAUUAUACGCAAAUGGUUUGGGCGACGAGUCACAAGAUUGGUUGUGGACUAGCGCACUGCACGGGGGGGCCUUGGGGAAAAUUUUACAACUAUGUUUGUCAUUACUGUCCUGGUGGUAAUUUUGACACGAUAACACAUUUCCCCUACAAAUCGGGACCGGCGUGCGGUGAUUGCCCAAAUAAUUGUUUACAAGAUUCACUUUGCACAAAUUAUUGUCCGAGAAGAGAUUAUUAUUCGAAUUGCAAUUCCUUGGUACAUAUAUCGGACGUUUGUCAACAUGGGACGUGCAAUGCUACGUGUAUUUGCGGCAACAAACGUAUACAUAAGAAUUAUCCAUGGUAA